AUGGAUCUCGUACGUGUCACACAUGUGUCUGCACAUCCAAUAAAAACAGAAACAACUGCCAUUGAUGAUAUCCGCUCAUCGAUUGUCGCAACGGCUAUUCGUUUAGAUGAACUCGAUAAAAACAUACAACUAACACGCUCUAUGAAAAUAAAUGACAGCAAAAUACAUGUGAAAGCCUCCCCAAUAAGUGCUUUACGAAAUGCAAGUGAGUCUCCAAUCUCACAAAUUGAUACCAUCCAUUUAAAGUCGGCUAAUUCGAAACUGAACGCAGUUGUUGCUGCUGAUAACAAUGGGGGCAAACAAUCGCCAAACCUUAUUCGUGUCAAACGCAUUAGAACUAUGCCGAAAAUUCUCUUUGACGAACAGAAAGUAGAUAAUAACAAACAUGAGUAG